ACCUCUGAGAGGGGGGAACGGGCUCGAGGCGCGCUGGAACGGUUGGGGCUUUGGGGGUGGCGGAAACUCCGGGGGAGGCCGGAGCCGCGUCGGCCAAGUGGAGGGGGUUUUGCCAGGCCUCCAGAGAGAGUUGCCCAAGGCCGGCUGGCCCGGGGAACAGCGGGGUGCCGGCGAUCUCGCCUUGGCCCACCUCUCCGACCUCAGCCCGUCUCUCUCUCUUUCUCUGCGCGCUCCCCCUCCCCUCGCCUCCUUUCCUUCAGCCCGGGUUUAUCCCCGAGUAUGGUCGUUGUGUCCUCCCAAGUUGUUUCUGCCGGCAUGGUCGUGCUCCGAUCUUCGUAUGGCUGGCUCUUAGGUGGCAGUCCGUAGGACCCCUCCUAAGAGACUGUUCCUGACUGUUUCUACUUAUGGUGCGUCUCUUUCAUCCUGGCACAUUCACUCAUCUCCCUAACCAAAACUGCCAAGAAAGGCUUGGAACUGAAGCAGAACUUGAUAGAAGAGCUUCGGAAAUGUGUGGACACGUACAAGUACCUGUUUAUCUUCUCCGUGGCCAACAUGAGGAACAGCAAGCUGAAGGACAUCCGCAACGCCUGGAAGCACAGUCGGAUGUUCUUUGGCAAAAACAAAGUGAUGAUGGUGGCGCUGGGCCGAAGCCCGUCUGACGAGUACAAAGACAACCUGCACCAGGUCAGCAAGAAGUUGAGGGGCGAAGUUGGCCUCCUUUUCACCAAUCGCACUAAGGAGGAAGUGGACGAAUGGUUCACAAAGUACACGGAAAUGGACUAUGCCCGAGCGGGGAACAAAGCCACUUUCACUGUGAACCUGGACCCGGGACCCCUGGAGCAGUUCCCCCACUCCAUGGAGCCCCAGCUGAGGCAGCUGGGCCUGCCCACGGCCCUCAAGAAAGGUGUGGUGACCCUGCUGUCCGACUACGAGGUGUGCAAAGAGGGUGAUGUGCUGACCCCGGAGCAGGCCCGCGUCCUGAAGCUUUUCGGGUAUGAGAUGGCUGAAUUCAAGGUGAGCAUCAAAUACAUGUGGGACGCGCAGUCCGGAAGGUUCCAGCAGAUGGGAGAUGACUUGCCAGAGAGUGCACCCGAGUCAGAAGGCGAGUCGGAGGAAGAUGACGACAGCUGAGGGGCCAGGGCCUCCGAGUCCAUCAGGACUGACGGCAGGCACUGCCAGCGCCGUCCUCGAGCGGCUGUGUGUCUCCUGUGGAGGAGCACGGGCGAGGGGGGCGAGCACAGGCGACUUUCCUGUAAAUAAUGAGACUUUGUCAUACAGGCUGUCUCCCGCAAACGGGGCUUUUCUUGGGGAAAAAAGCUGAAGAUGCUGUUGGGUUUGGGCUUCGGGUUGGACUCCAAGGGGUCUGUUCAUUCACCUCAAACCAGUUUCCAGGACUGGCUCCUGCAUGGCCACGUGGCCGGGCGGCUCUGGGGACCCGGGAAGAAGCGCCUUCUCUCCUCCGGCCUCAGCGGCCCUGGCUGGAAACUGGGGUUUGCUGAGGGGAACAGGCAUCUCGCCCGCCCGCUCCUGCCCCAGCUGUACCUUCUCUCUCCCCGCCCCUUCUCCCGCACCUGGGCCAGGAAUCUUGUAGACGACCCGAAGACAGGAGGCUUAGCUGAGGCAAGAAGAAAGCCACCACUGACGGGACUUCCCUGGUGGGCCAGUGGCUAAGCCUCCAUGCUCCCAAUGCAGGCGGCCUGGGUUCAAUCCCUGGUCGGGGAACUAGAUCCCACCUGCAGCAGCUAAGACCUGGCCCAGCCAAAUAAGGAAAUAAACAAACAUUAAAAAAAAGAAUGAAACGCCACUGAGACUGGGCAAGUGGGACAAAUGUCCCCCAGCAGUCUUGUCCUUCUAGGUGGUAGGUUUUUGCCCGGAUGGUUCUGUUCAUGCGUAUUUAGAGAGGCGAUUCUACACAAGAAGAUGUCUACCUUAGGCUGUACUGCCCUCUUUGCUUCUGUCGUGUGUAGAAGCGUGAGGGCCGCCUGCAGCCCUGCUGCUGAGAGGUCAGGCUGGGAGGCCCUCCUGCCGCCUCUGCCCUUCAAAGCUUGAUCCCUACUCCUGCUUGUUCCCACCGAGCCUGUGGGGGUCGGGAAACAGCCCGUGGCUGCAGAGGAAGCGUCAGCAGGUUCACCAUGGGCCUGGGCUCCAGCCCGGCUAGUGCCCCUUUAUUCAGACAGUAAAUGCCUGGUCUGCCCCGGCCUUUUCCUGUGGUGGAGGCUGCGGGGAGCGUUCACAAGAAUGUGGGAGAUAAACCGUCUGUGGAUGGGACUGUGAGGGAAGAACCAGCCUCGCAGAGCAGCCUAAGGUCAAAAUUGACUGCACAAGAGAAAAAGGAGGUGACAGGUGGAGUGUGCCCUCUGCCACCCCAGACUAGGCCUAGCAGAAGUAGCUGGGACAAUCGUGGACGACCAGGCGCCAGGCCUGAUCAAAGGCCUGCACGACGGCCGGCUCCAGGGGCCCCUCCUCAGUGGCCACCAAGUUCUCUUCUAGCUGCUCCAGGCUGGACGUGCCCAGGAUGACCGUGUCCCCAUGGGUGCCCUGCAAGGGGAGACGGCUGGACGUCACGCACUGAUGCCCCAGAGAGACCCUGUCCAGCCCCGCCCCUGCCAAGACCUGGGGUCCAGUAUCUGUGUGCUCAGUCCCUUGGCCCUGGCUGACUCUGAUCCCGUGGACUAGCCCACCCGGCUCCUCUGCCCGUGGAAUCUUUGAGGCAAAAAUACUGGAGUGGGUUCCCAUUUCCUCCUCCAGGGUGUCUUUCCAACUCGGGGAUUGAACCCAAGUAUCUUGCAUUUCCUGCAUUGGCAGGCAGAUUCUUUACCACUGAGCUGCCAGGAAGCCCCCAGUGUCCAUACCCUGCAUUAUUCCAGAAAGAAUUUACCUUGUCUUCAAACACCUCCAAAGCCCUGCCUCCCUAGACACACACGGGCAGGCCUGAGUUUGGGGCCUCUCCCCUCCUGCUCUGCAGCUGGGCAGGCCUGAGUUACUUACAUGACCUCACUAAGCCUCAGGUUUCCUUUACAGGGUGACUGUGGGGAUUAAAAUUUUGUAAAGGC